AUGGAUAACGUCCUUAUCCUUGUCAAAUGUUGUUAUAGCUGUAUCCUAGGAGCUCUGGCUCUCCUAUUACUCCUCAUAAUAGCCAUUCAGAAUGGACAACUGUCUGAGUUUCGAAAGAAGGGCUCAUAUCAGUUCGGAUUCCGAACUGAUUUUGUUCCUGUCAAGACUACCAUUGCUUUAGAGGAAGCCUCGUUUACUGGUGGUCUUUUAUAUGAUGAGAACGGAACUCUGUAUCAGGAAGUCGACAGCGGACAGCCGCAAUACGUGGGAUUACCUGGUCCACAUAUUGAUAAGGCCUGGAAAGAUUUGAUGAAUGGACUCGACGUUGUGAUAGAGGGAAAAGAGGCUGAAGAUGCUGGACUUUUGGGGCUCACAAUCGCUGAACCCGACGGUAAAUCAUUUCGCCUAAGUCUCGAUGUCUAUCACUCUCUGCAUUGCGUGAACUUAGUCCGUCAAGCACUGGAUGUGAAUUACUACCAUCGAAAUGGAGAAGGUCCUCACAUUUAUCGACUACAUACCGGUAUUAUCAUUGCUCUCUGUCGCUUCUGUACAACACAGAAAGUUGCUAUCCAGGUCAUUGUCUAG